AUGUCAAGCAGCAAACUACCCAAGGUUGCAGCUCUACGCAAGCAGCAACUUCGCCUUGAGUUUGCAAGUAUCAAGGUUGCUCCUCCUGUUGGGAUAUAUGUGAGCCUCUCGCCGAGUGAUCCGGCUCUAUGGUCUGGAGUUCUGUUUGUUCAGAAAGGUCCUUAUGCAUCCGCUAUCCUACGAUUCCAGAUCCGAUUCCCACCCUUAUAUCCUGACCUUCCGCCCCUUAUAACAUUUACUACGCCUAUAUUCCAUCCUCUUGUUGUGCCGCUGACCACUCAAACAUACUCAAACCGGCCGUCAGAUUUGGAUUCUGUGACGGGAACAGUUGAAGAGCAGUUACCACCUGGUGGAUUUAGCUUAAGGCACGGGUUCCCUCAUUGGUUUGCGAGAGCGAGAAAAGAGAGCACAGUCAACUCUACUGUGUCGUCGCGGAGCACUAGUGGCCAGAACAAUGGCAUACAUACGGAGCAGGAAAACGGCCAAGAACAGACGGAACGCGGCAUAGAUGAAAUUGCUACAAGAAUUUCGCAUAUUCCCAGCAAUAUACGUGGCUCGAAGAAGCCUGGUAACACUGAUGUUACUGCUCUUGACCUACUGGAGUAUAUUCGCUCGACUUUUGACGACGAAACUGUUUUGGAUUCAAUCCCAUUAGAAGCUACAGGGUAUCCAAAUGCAUGGCAUGCGUGGUGUGCGCAUCGCCGUCAGCCACGAAAUACCUCCUCAGCCGAGCGUCGAUCCAGCAAGGAUGGAGGAGCCAGCCCUUCUCCGACGCCUGGGCGCACCUUAAGCCCGGAUAGUAACUUACGGAGAAGUAGCCCGCAGGCCCGUUCACCUGGAGAGUGGAAUUGGGAAGGUGUUUGGCUGAAGAGAGUGAAGGAGAAUAUACAUCAUAGCUUCUUAGAAUCUGUUCUCUUUGGCAGUUCAUCUCGGGCUGGAAGUGCAGGAGAUGACAUGAUCCGAUUUCAGAAGUUAGAUCACAAUGUUCUGACAAAGAUCAAGGAAGAUAUUCUUGCGCUCCAAGAAGAGCAGGUUGAAACCGUGCCCUCGGCUUAA